CACCCCUUAAUCCUUCUUCCUCUAUAUAUACCUCUAUUCCAUCACCAUAUUUUCUAACUAAACACACAGAUAUUCUUCCACUACCGUUAUUGGUUUUGACAGCAAUGGCUUCGUCUACUAGAUUUUCUUUCUGUUCCAUACUUGUCAUUGUCAUGUUGGGUGUUCUUGCUGGUUUCCCAGGGAGAUCUUCUGCUCAACUCUCAACGAAUUUCUAUUCAGGAAGCUGCCCUAAGCUUUUCACCACUGUUAAGUCUGUUGUUCAGUCCGCGAUCUCCAACGAAAAUCGCAUCGGGGCCUCUCUCCUUCGCCUUCAUUUCCAUGACUGCUUCGUCAAUGGAUGUGAUGGGUCAGUUCUCCUAGACGACACUUCAUCUUUCACUGGUGAGAAGACAGCUGGUCCCAACAAUAAUUCGCUUAGAGGAUUUGAUGUUGUUGAUAAGAUAAAAACCAAGGUCGAAAAAGCAUGUCCAGGCGUUGUUUCGUGUGCUGAUAUUGUUACCAUUGCUGCUCGAGACUCCGUUGUGAUUCUUGGAGGGCCAAGCUGGAGUGUUAAACUUGGUAGAAGAGAUGCCAAGACUACUACCCUUGCAGCUGCUAAUAGUGGUGUUAUUCCUGCUCCUACAAAUGACCUAAGCGACCUCAUCACUAAGUUCCAAGCUCAAGGCCUUUCUACAACAGACAUGGUCGCUUUAUCUGGAGCUCACACUAUUGGGAAAGCAAGGUGUACAGUUUUCAGAGACCGCAUAUACAACGAAACCAACAUCGAUGCUUCAUUUGCAAAGACUAGGCAGAACAAUUGCCCCUCAACCUCUGGCUCAGGAGACAACAAUCUUGCACCUCUAGACACUCAAACUACAAACGCCUUCGACCCUAAGUACUUCCAGAACCUCAUCAACAAGAAGGGUCUCCUUCACUCUGAUCAAGAACUGUUUAAUGGUGGAUCCACAGACUCAUUGGUUAAAAAAUACAGCGCCAGUGCUAAGAACUUCAAUGCAGACUUUGCUAAGGCAAUGAUCAAGAUGGGAGAUAUUAAGCCACUCACAGGAUCUCAGGGUGAGAUCAGGAAAAAUUGUAGGAAGCGUAACUAAUCUUGGAAAUGGAGAUGCUGUGUGUUUGAUUGAUUAGCCCGCAAGUUAAUUGGGAUAUAGUUUGUAUGAGUUUGAACUUAAUUGUGAGAUGUGUUUAAGAAAUGAAGUUUAGCUCAUCUUUUUUAUCGUUUUAGAGAAUAAGGCUAUCAUGUACGGAAAAUUUUAUGGUACCUACCCGUAUGUGAUACCCACAUUUACAAAUGUGACAACAUAUUUAUUGUCAAAGUGGUAUUGUUGAGUAGUAUUGUUUGUAAUUUUGUUCUAAUAAUUGUAAUUACAAAAUGUACAACCAUUUUAC